CAGAGAUCUGCAUAUUAAAAAGGAAUGAAUGUGAACCAUGUGGACAGAACCUGCUCGGACAUGUCCUGUGAACACACGGUGUGCUGGUGUAGGUGAGGUGCUGGUCGAGCAUCAGGCGGCCCGGUCAGCUGACUCUGAGUCAACACAGCCUCAACUUAACUGCUGACUGACACAAAGCGGUCGGUUUUUCGGGGAACUAUUUUCAGACUUGUUUGCUUGAGUAUUCCUGAGGCAGCAUAAAGACCGUCUGUCUGUCACUCGGCUCGCAGCAGCAGCAUUAGCAGCUCGUGUUAUUUCAGUGUUUUGGCCACAGGAUCCUCGUUUUUUUUUUUUUUUUGGGACGCGUUCGCUGAAGUCACGAGUUGUCCCAGACGCGCAAGUCAUUUCCUGUGUGGACUGUUAGCACACUCCUGCAGCCCGCUCAUUGAAGGAGCUCGGAUGCGUGCAUACUUGAAUUUGCCUCUCCACGGUUUGCCUUGGUACCGAGACGCAUUAUGCUCUCCUUGGAGAAAGUGAGGGAGGGUUUAGCGAGCGCGGGGCAGUCUCACGUCCUGCAGUUCUGGCCGGAGCUGAGUGAAGAGGAGAGGGACACUUUCCUCAAAGAGCUGUCUCAGCUGGACCUGGACGGGCUGAAGGACCACUGUGAGGGGCCCCAAAGGGUUGCAGCCUCCUGGCCCGACAGCCCCGAUGAGAACAUGGAGCCGGUCCCUCCAGAGUUCAUCGGCAGCGUGAAGAAAAGUGACCGAAGUGCUCUGGAGGAGUGGGAAAAUGAAGGGCUGAUGAAAAUCUCAGAGAAUCGUGUGGGGGUCCUGCUCUUGGCCGGCGGUCAGGGGACCCGUCUUGGCGUUCCGUAUCCCAAAGGGAUGUAUAACGUUGGGCUGCCAAGCGGCAAAACCUUGUAUCAGAUCCAGGCAGAGCGUAUUCUCAAGAUCCAGGAGCUGUCAGACAGAAAGCACGGCUCAAAAUGCACCGUUCCAUGGUACAUAAUGACCAGUGAGUUCACUCUGGCUCCUACUGAGAAGUUCUUCAAGGAGAACAACUAUUUUGGUCUGGAGUCAUCAAACAUUGUCAUGUUUGAGCAAAGGAUGAUCCCAGCACUGGACAGUGAUCAGAAGAUCAUCAUGCAGGGUAAAGGAAAGCUAGCCAUGGCCCCAGAUGGGAAUGGUGGUCUGUACCAGGCGCUGGUGGACAACAAGGUGCUGGAGGACAUGAAGAAGAGGGGAGUGGAGUACCUGCAUGUGUACUGUGUGGACAACAUCCUGGUCAAGAUGGCCGACCCGGUGUUUAUCGGGUUCUGUGUGAGCAAAGGAGCCGACUGUGGAGCCAAGGUGGUGGAGAAGGCCUAUCCUACCGAGCCAGUGGGCGUGGUUUGCAGGGUGCGAGGUGUCGCCCAGGUGGUGGAGUACAACGAAAUCCGAGAAAUUACAGCUGAGCGCCGAGGACCUGGAGGAGAGCUGAUGUUCAAUGCUGGAAACAUCUGCAAUCACUUCUUUACCAGGGCUUUCCUGCAAGACGUUGCAGAGAAAUUUAAAGACCAACUGAGACAACACAUUGCACUCAAGAAAGUGCCAUGUGUGGACAUGUGUGGCAAUCAUGUUACACCCACCCAACCCAACGGCAUCAAGCUGGAGAAAUUUGUUUUUGACGUAUUUCCAUUCUCAAGGAACUUUGUUGUGUUUGAGGUGUUGAGAGAGGAUGAGUUUUCCCCUUUGAAAAAUGCCGAUGGAGCGGCCACCGACAGCCCCACCACAGCCAGAAACGCACUGCUGGCGCAGCACAGCCGCUGGGCCACAGCUGCAGGAGCCACGCUGUUGGAUGAACAUGGCAAUCUCAUUCCUCCUACAGCCAGUGUAUCUGCCGUGGACAGUCCGGCAGCAAGAUGUGAGAUUUCACCGCUGGUCUCCUACUUUGGAGAGGGGCUGGAGAAGCUGCUGAGAGGGAAGACACUGCCAUCUCCCUUCAUUCUGGAUGAAAAAAUGGCCAAAGAGCUGCAGGCUCAGUGACAUGUCUCUGUUGAUAAAGGACCGAGUGGUGGCUGCACAGAUUCCAGCUCAGUGGAGUACAGAUCAGAGAGGAACCCUGGAUGGAUGUUUUUUGGAGGUUUCAGUUCAAGAAAGCACAGCUGUUUGUUGCCUGUUCAUUCAUCUCAUGUUAUUGUCUCUUUGUUGAAGAAGAACUUGAAAAUGAAAACUUUUUUUUACAAAUAAAUUCUUAUCCAAAUACCUCA